CAAAUUCUUUCGCGUGUGUAAACACAGAAGCUUUGUUUACGGGUCCGUCGCGUUUCGCGUAAUCGCGUUUGUAUUUUGAAUUUUUUUUUUAAAUACGUGAAAUUAGAAAUGGAAAGCCCGGUCGAAACGGCUAAAGACGGCAUCAAGAAGGUUUACGUUGCCAUCGAAGAUAAUAAAGAGACAAAGCCAGAUUGCCAUGCAGUAAGAAGUUCUCUUGCCAUAUCUCCCACAAAAGAUACUCCGAAAUCAAGCCCUUCUUCAACUUUAUUUAGUAAUGUCAACAUUAUGGAUGACAUAUUAAAUCAGAAAUUACCGGAUUUUGAUGAAAACAGUGAUGAAUCUGACGAAAACGAUUCUUUCAAGGAAGAUGGUCUUAUCAUGAGAAGGAAGAAGGUUAAGAAGCGAUAUAAUACUUUUAAUAUGAGGAGUUUGGAAAGCGUUUUGCCCAAGUCUAGUUACGUGCAGACGACGAUAAAGGAUGAAAGUUAAACGGAGAAGAGGUCGACCGAAUUACGGAACGAAGGCUCGGUAGACAGAAUCGACGAGAACAAAUUCGAACGAUAAGUUUUGUUUUCUUGACGAACACGGUCUUACUUGGGAUGCAAAAACAAAUGUAUUUUGUUUAGGGAGACUGUUUUGUAUUCUUAAUGACACGUAUUAGGCAAUAAAAUAGUCUUAAAACACUUAAAAAUGAC